UUAAUUGGAUACAAUGGAAGCAUAUUGCUUAGAAAUUGUUUUCUAUAAAUCUUACUAAAUGUCGUCAGUAUUUUGUAAGUCUAUUCUUCAAAGAAAUUCGGUUUUAAUCGAGUGUUUUCAAGUAUUACAAACGCAGUGAAUAGUCAGAACCAUUAUUUUCAAAACGUUUUAUUUUUAUCCGAAGAUGUUGCGAAGAGACGCAAGACCUUCUGAGCGAUCCAAUAAGCAGGUUAUUAGUGAUGUAAUCAUGUAUUUGUUUUGUGUUUUUUGUGAGAUAAGUAACGUCAGAUUUUAAAACAAAUCUUUGGAAAAGAGAUACAUUUGCUUGUCACAAUAAAAUGACUACACAUAUUUGAUCAAGGAAUCAUGGCUGUGUUGGAACAGAAUGUCAGAACACUGAUACCAAGUUUGCUUCAAUCAACAGCAAGUGCAUACACUACAUUAGGAAACAGUAUUCUUGCUCUUGGUCAACUACAGAAAGUUUCUGAGUUAUUAGAAACUGUCAUUUGUAGCUUGAAGGCUGAACAUGGGAAAUAUGAUGAUUUACUUAAGGUGUUAUCAGCACUUGCAGCUCAAUACAAAAAGCUUGAUGUUGAAACUAAAUCUCAUAUAAGAACAGUCAAAGAACAAGCACAGAUAAACAGCAAAAUUAUUGAUGAAGCAAAGAAACAACUGUUAAAGGGAAACAACAUUGCAAAAUAUUUCACAGAGAUUGAGCAAACCGUAAAGGACUCUCAAGUCAGUUCAGAGGAAUUGAGGAGCAAAUAUGAUGUUGUUAUUUAUAAAGUAAAAGAUUGUUGCGCUCAAGCAAAGGCUGGCUAUGAAAGAAAUGAAAACAAGGCUGAUUUAGCUGAAAAGGGUGCUAAUGUUGGUCUUCUUGGAGGAAUGGGUGUUGGUGGAACAUUUGCUGCUUUUCAAGUUGCCACAAAAGCCCUGUGUGUGUUUGGUGUGCCAGGUGCAAUAGCAGGGGGAGCCUUAGGCCUGAUUGGUGGCUGUAUGAUUGGUGGUAUGGCAGGAGGACUUCCAUUUGCCACUGCUGAAGCUUUGUUCAGAAAAUAUGCAGAAAAGUUUAAAAUAUUGGAUGAAACUCUGAGCCAAAUUGAUCAGAUAUUGUUGGAGAAUUUUGAAGUUUUGACAGAAAUCUGUCGACUUUUAGGCAAGUUGAAAGAAGCAACCUUAAAUUGUCCCUCUAUUGAUGGGAUGAAACCUGGGAUGAGACCACAAGAUACAAAUGAACCCAAACAUAAUCAUUCAUGUGAUGAAGCAGUUAGCUCCGGGGAAGCCUACGCCGUAAACUCAUGUGAUGAUAACACAAACAUUGAUUUUUUGAUCAGACUUAAGUUUGACACUUUUAAACAGGCAUCCCAAGAAUUAGAGAAAAAUUGUGAUUAUUUGUUAGAUGAUAUGCCAUUGAAGACACUUGGUUUGCUGUCACUCGAGGAAAAAGAAGCAGAGAAGAAAAAGUUGAAGUAGAAAUUCUAAUCAAUUUGAUUUUUUGAUAUACGAAAUAACAAUAUAAUGAUAUCAGUUUCAUAUAUACCAAAGGUAGUCAUAUCACAUCUAAAUCCUUGAAAUAUAAAGAAUAGGAUUAAGGUUAGGAUUAAGUCUUAGAUUAGGUUAACCAUUGAUUUUUAGGGUGAACCUAAAUCUGAUCUCCAUGUCAGGCAUCGCCUGUCAGAAGGACACAAGUUAAGAAUACACAGAUAGAAACAUAUUGUUGUCAGAAACUUGUUCGUAGCUUCCGUCACAUCCGAGGGGCAUUCAUGAUGAGCAGCUGAGCUCAUCACUCAUCAGUCUCAUCUUUCGUUCCUGAGCCCGCGAUAUCUAUGUGUUGAUUUUCAAAAAUGUUUUAUUCUAAUUGGUUUCUAAUUAGUAUAUUCUAAAAAAUUAUAUUCUAAUUGUUUACAUUCUAUUCUAACUAUCGUAAACAAGAUGGCCGAUCACGGGAUGUGGUUUCUACCCUGUUGUUAUUCUUCUUUAUGGAUUUAUAUCAUAUCGUUUUUCUUCUUAGCGUACAUUUCGUCAACGUUUCGUUUUUAUAUAAAAUGUUUAUUUCUACUACUUUAUUAUAUUAUAUUGAUCGUAAUCGUUAUAUUUCUAUUUUUACUGUGGUCGCCGAGGUCAAAUAACAAUUUCCACAAAGUAAGCAAUCUUUUGAAAUGGACAGAAUGGAUUUGGGGAAUUCAGUACAAUGUAAAAGGAUUGGAAAAUUAUAAAGACGGUUCAAAUUAUAUUAUUGUAUCAAAUCAUCAAAGCUCAUUUGACAUGAAUGUUGUGAGCAAUUUUAUUCCACCCAAAACAACAUUUUUGGCCAAAAAAGAUGUGUUGUAUGUACCGUUCAUUGGAAUGUUCGUUUGGCUUUGUGGUGUGUUUUUAAUCGAUCGAAAUAAUCAUGGUAAAGCUAUCAAUACUAUGAAGAAGGCCGCAGAUCAAAUUAAGAAAGACAAGUUCAAUUUGUGGAUAUUUCCUGAGGGUACAAGACACAUGGGCAACAAGUUGCUUCCAUUCAAAAAAGGUGCCUUCCAUUUAGCCCAACAGACCCAGCUUCCCAUUCUACCUGUGGUGAUCUCAAAUUAUGAAAAUAUAGUUAACUUUAGUAGAAGAAAGUUCAAUACAGGCACAAUAGAAAUAACAAUCCUACCUGAAGUCCCGACAGAAGGCCUGGAAUCAAAUGAUGUAGAAAAUUUAACCAAUAAAGUUUAUUUGAUGAUGAGUAAAGAAUAUGAGAAAUGAAUUGGUAUGGUAUUCAAUAUUAGUAGUAAUCUCAUAGGCUGCUCAACGGCAAAUAGUUAAAAAUACAAUACUUUUUAGUAAUUAUUCUUAUUGAUUAGAAUGCAACAUUGUGUAAAUUAUACUUACACAUCAUGAUAAACAUAGGCUUACAGGCCAGGUGUGACAGCUGCAUCCCUUUGAAUCUAUGAAAGUUGGAGUGAAUAAUCCUUGAAUCAUACUAAAAGUUAAGGCAUUUUUUUCAAAAAAUAGUGAUAAGUCUAGUAAUUUUUGUCUGUGCCUCCUGUAUGCCUAUGAUGAUAAGAAAUUUUAAAAUGGGGAUUAAAUUUUUAUCAGCAAUUUUAUGCCAAAAGUAAUUGGUAAGAUAUUUAAAGUCUCUACUGCACCAGUGCACAACAUCACUGUGGAGAAACACCGUAAAUUUAAGGAUGAUCAAAUAUUUUUGAACUUCAACAAUAAUAUAUUUAUACCAAGUGAACAUAAUAUACAUAACGUAAUUCUUGACUUGCAUACCUAAAUAUUGUUUUAUGUUAGAUAAUAGCAAAUAAAUUUGAAACACAAAAAAGCGAC